ACUUAAUCAAGUGGGAAAUGAAUUUGAGGUGAGACGCCUUCCACGAUAUGAACAUCAUCUGAGAGAGUUACUGGAGGAGACCGAUGAAAGUCACCCAGAUUUCGAGGACUUGACCCGGGCCCUUGAGAGAGUGAAAGAAAUGGUGGUGGAACAUGAUGUCCUGGGAGAUGGAGUUACAGAAAUGGAGACCAUCCAGGAUCGCUUUUCCUUAUGAUGACCUUCAUCUCACCAAAAAGGAACAACCUGUGCUCCAUGGUCUCCAACGGCGACGUCGCUCCGCCCCAAGUGCUCUGCUGUUUAAAACACUUGGCUCAAGUCGCUCCAGAAGUGCCGGCAACCUCUCAUCCGCUAAUGCUGCGCCCUUCAGGAAAGACGACUUUAUUCAGGCAGCUCGUCUCUCAUCAGGUCGCUACUUCAUCAAAGAAGGACCGGUUCAGUUAACUCUACAGGGUCAGACACAGGAGAGGUACCUGUUCCUGUUUAACGAUGUGCUGCUAAUUGCCAAACCAAAAUCUGGAAGCACGUUUAAGCUGAAGCAGCGUGUACGAGUGUGUGAACUGUGGACAGGAAGCUGUGUGGAGGAGGUGGCCGAGGUGUCCCGCUAUAUCCAGCAGUCGUUCGUCCUCGGCUGGCCCCUGAUCAAUCAGGUGGUCACCUGUCUUUCCGUACAGGACAAAGAAACCUGGCUUCAGGCACUGCACCAUCAAAUUGAAGAAGAGAGGAAGAAGCUAGAACACAGAGUGAUUGCUAUUGGUGUUUACAGUGGUGAAGAUUUUGAACAGAUGAAGGAGAUACAAAUUAAUAUACGACAAGAUGCUCAGGAGAUUCUCAAACUUUACGUGGACAAGUGCCACAUGUCGGAAUCUGAAGCUAAAGAGUAUCAGUUGUGGGUGAUGCCAGGUCCUGAUGAUUCACCUUUCCCUUUAAUAGGGCAUGAAAUCCCAUAUAACAUUUGUUCCCAGGCUGAAGAGGGAGGAGGGGAGACAACUCAGUCAAGGUUCUUUGUCAAGAACAAGAAAGUUCAAAGAAGGCAAGGACUUGAUGAAAGUCGAAAACAGAGGGGGAAAGCCUUCUUCUCUCUGUUCAAGCGAAGUUCUCGUGAUUCAACGGAGAUUGGGCAGACAACCAAACUUCUCUUUGGCCAGCAGUUGGAAACAGUUAUGGUGGAUGAGGAACUGCCCAAAUCAGUCAUGGCAUUGUUGUCGUUGUUGUGUAGAAGAGGUCCAAGCACGCAAGGCAUCCUGAGGAAAUCUGCAAAUGAGAAGGCAAAGAGAGAGUUAAAACAGAGGCUGGAUGAGGGAGAAGACUGUAUCACAGAGGUUACAUCAGUCCAUGUGGUGGGAGCUCUGGUCAAGGAUUAUUUGCGAAGCCUGCCAGAAAGUUUACUACUGGAGGAUCAGUAUGAUAACUGGGUGUCAGCAGAUGACAUUACAAAUAGCAACGAAAAAAUCAACUUUAUCAGACAGUUGACCCGACAGCUCCCAACCUGUAAUCUUGUACUGUUGAAACAUCUGAUGUGCAUAUUGUACUACAUUGACAAGCACUCAGAGUCCAACAGCAUGGAUGCCUACAACCUGUCCAUCUGUAUGGCUCAGUCCAUGUUACGGUCCAAGGGGACAGGCACAGUUCAGCCAGAGCAGGCAAAGAAGGCCAAUAGUGUGAUACAGUUCUUGAUUGAGAACUGUGUGGAAAUCUUCGGUGAGGAGGUGAAAAUGCUACUUGAGUAUGUGGAGGAUAAAGCUGACUCUGGCACGGACACAGACAGCAUUCCGGAGACAAAUGGUAAUUUGAGAAGAGAUGACUCGUCCAUUGACAGCCUGGAGAAGGAUGAUCCCACUGAGCUGGAGUCCAGUCCACGGAUUGCCAAGAGUCAUCUGUCUCCAGUGAACCUUAGCAAUGACUCUGGAGUGACUCUGAGUGAUAGUCAGCUUGUCAGUGACGAGGGACAUUACAUCGACCACAAGUCGAUCUAUCAGCGACAAACCCAUUCUCAGUCAUCCAGUUCAGAGAGUCUGCGCCAAAUCCGCAGUUCUCACAUAAGCGUGGGUAAACGGUGUUCAGCCGAUUCACUGUGCAGUGUUGAGGAAUCAGAGUUGGAAUGUGAAGAUCGCAGAACUUUUGGAUCCAUAAUAAAAUCUGCCAGCGGGGAUCACCUGUAUCCUUCCACGACAGAUCGGCACUCCUGCGAGACUCACUCUGACAGCGAGAUUCAGUCGCGUCCUCGUGAGCGAUUUGUGCGACAAGCGUCUGUGAAUAGCAGCACACCACCGCUAUCCCCACAACCGAAACUCUCCUACAGCUCAGACAGUCUUCUCUCGGACUCCUCGGUCUCCUAUUUAAGGGAAUCUGGUGGGUUUAGCGAAAGCCCUUACAGCCAUUCUCACAUCUCAUCCAAUCAUGCCUCCCAUGUUGUCGUCAGUAAUAAAUCCAAACCUAAACUGCAGAAGAGUUUGUCCGGGGUGCCGAGCCCCACGCAGCCGUACCCUGUCCCACAUAUCGUGACCCAGCGGAGGUUCAGCGAUGAGAGCAUUAAGUAUCGUCUCAGUCCCCCCGAUUCUCCUGUGCUAUCGACGCCCAGUCAUCAGUCAUCACCACCCAACCAUAGGCACUCUGUCCACGUAUCCCCAAAUGGAAGCUCCCACAGUUCGGUUGAAUCAGAUUUAGGUCCCAGUUAUCCCCCCUUAUCCUUAUCAACUGUGAGGCCUGAGGACACUGUGGACGGAUCCCCAUGUAGGGAUGUUGAUACCAGACCGUCGUGGAGAAUUUCACAAAAGAAAAUCAUAACUGGUUCCCCACCUCCCAGAAUCUUGUUACAGACUUACAGCGAUCGUAGGAAACUUGCUGGUUCCAAACUUGUAGAGUCCAGCGUUAGCCAACCUGACAUAAGGGAGAGUGAAACGGUAGACAUGUCCAGUGGAUCAAACAUUGAGUCUGCUAAGAUAGUGUCUGUGAUUAGAAAACAGCACAACGUAAUUCGCAUCAAAACUAAAAGUGCUAACAAAAAACAAUCAGAGCAAUCUGGACCAAAUUACCUGAGUCAGGUAACAGUGAAACCUCGCCCUCAGCACCCUCCGUCCUAUCUAGAGGCUCUGGACAGACAGGACCGUCUUUCCCGAGGGCUCCCGGUCGAUGUGAGCUUACAGGACACACUCUCACAGAAACGGGCUAGUGCUCAUGCCAAGCAGCUGUAUGAGCAAUCCGUGCGGCAGUUCAUGAAUGAGGCGUCCAAUCCGCUAGGGGGAGUAUCCUUCCCUUCCUCCUCUUUCGAGGAAGAUGUGGAUGACUGCCCGGAUAAAGACCCUAAGAAAGUCUAUGAGGAAUCAAUGAGACAGUUUUUAGAGCAGCAAUCCGGUGAUAGCAGACAAGUUUCACAUGAAUUCUCCUCAGGAGUGUCAAGGUUGAAUAGUGCGGGUAAUGUGGGCAGUCGGGUGUCUUGUGUGACUCUUCCCACUCACGGACACAGCUCCAAGAAUCCCUCAGACAAAAUGGAUCACAGGACAGUCAUUCAUAUCCCCUCAGUGCGUGACAGUAAGUUGAUUGAAGCGAGGAACAAAGGGCUGCCAUCAGGGUCAUCAUCGUAUUCUCGGUCUUCUCGACAGGGCCUGCCGAGUUCAGGGAGGUAUUUUUACGACCCAAAGGCACAAACUGAAAGCAGUGCUUCCAAGACAGUUGUUGUGUCCCAUCAUCCUGCCUCAGAAUCUUCUGUGUCUUCAGAUGUGAACAAACAAUAUCCACGUAAUAAAUCUUACCUGUCGUGGAGUGUGGCAGAUUUACGGAGACACUACGACGAAUCAAAGGCACGUUCUGAAGCAGACUCAACAACAGCUUUCUCUUCACAUAUCGUGACUGUGGGUGGUGGUUCGACGAGUUGCCAACAAGGUGUUUCACGUCCCCCUCCCCCUCCAUAUCAACCGCCCCCGCCUUUCCGACGAAACAGCAGUGAUGUGGAGCGAAAAAGUUCAUCAAGAAGCAAUAGUUCGGAGGACAGCGGCUCUAGUCAUUCUGUCCGGCGAACAUACCAACCACAACACCUCUAGCCCAUCACAGGUCAUCCACAGAUCCAUUUCUGUACUUUUAAACACAGUUUCUAUUGAAUUGUAUUUACUCAUUACCCAUGUCUUUUUAUAUAUACAUAUACAUAUGAAAGUUCCAAAGCCUCCAUUAAAUUCUUUUUUUUUUAACUUUUAAACUUUCUACAGAAUUUUUUUAUGAUUAAUGGAUAAAAAUAGUUUAGCCCCUUUACAUGUCCAUCACAUUUUAUCUGCUAAUCCGGUGUCAUUGUGGUUUAAAGGCAAUACCCACCAAGCCUUUUAAUCUCGUGGUUUUAAAAGGAGCCAAUGGAGAAGAAUAGUUGAUGUUUGCAAUUUGGUGCCACCUAACCAAGAUCACUAGAGGAAUGAUGCUGUGCAAACCGUUUCACUUGAUCUUUGCACUGUGCUGUUCAUCAAUCAUUCAGUAAAAAUUCUUGCAGUUUGUGUUGAAAAGAUUUUUCUUAGAAUGUUUUACACAAAAUUUUUGUGUGGAUUUUUUGUUGUGUGAAGAAUUAUGGGAAGUUAUAAGAGUAAUACAUGAUAUAGAGAUUCAUGUCUCCAAAAAUGUUUGUUCGUGCAGAAUUUUCUGCAUUCUUUUAACUUUCUUUGUUAAAAUGUGUUUCAGUUCAGAGCAUGUUAGAUAUUCGUACGUAUGUGUCCGUAUUUUUUUGUUCUUGUUUCAUUGUCUCAGUUGUUAUCAUGGCCUUCUUCUGCACGUAGCCAAUCCGAAAAUAGGGCCAUCUUUUACUGCCCAGUGGGGUUACCUGUUUUGCUGCCUUGCACAAAACCACUCUACCAGGCGAACUGCCUAAUCGUGUGAAUCAUCAACUCAUUUAAAAUCACAAACUAUCACAGGAAUGAACACCUCUGCCAUUGGAUUCUGUUGAAUAUUUAAGCAUACAUUGAACGUAUUUGUUAUAGCUGUGGCCGGUAGAUGGUCCUGUGUGUCGGCAAUCACUUAAGGCAUGGUGUGUCUUGAUAUGUAUUGGUGUGGCAUAUCCACCAAGUCCCAGGCGGUGACAUUGCCACAGAGUCCCAAACGGUGUGACUGAAAGUUAGCCUGUCAUUGCCAGUUUUGAUGACUGAUUUGGGAGUGAAGCUUGUGAGAAUUGGUGUGAAUGUGUCGGCGAUAUAAAACAUGGGAUUUUCUGAUUGGUUGAAAAUAUAUCCUGCUUUCAAUAUUCUAAUAUCAAAAUUGUUUAUUUUGUUGAAAGCUAGCUGUUAAAUGGGAUACACCACAGGCUUGUGGUUCAAAACUGGUUUAAGACUUAAUAUAAGAUUUAACCAUAUGUGAAAAAAAAUUGUGUACCAUUAUAUUUAGUAUGAAGUAAAACUGCUGUUUUUAUACUUUGACUUUGGAGAACUGCAUUGGUGGCUGAGUUUGACAAAAAUUUUAAUAUAAAAUUAAACAAUGAGCUAGUACACUUUUGAACAACUGAACCCAGAUCUGUUACGACAGAUUGAAAGCUGAAAUUCAUAGGUUACAAGGAAAACUGAAACACUUAAAAUAUACUUUCACAUCAUUAAUUACAUGGAUAUGCUGUUAAUGUUGCAAUAAUUUUGUCACAGUCUGUGUUGCAAUACUUAAAUUUUAAGCAGAAUUUCAUUUCGUGUUCGUCUUUCGAAAGACAAGUUUAUUCACUUCUCGGUAUAUUAUUUGUAAAAUUUCGACCUUUUGCAUACCGUCUGAAGAAUGGACUUGUUAAUUUUCCAUUUACAGCAUAUGGUAAAAUGCAGUUAUGGAGACCUUGAUUUUUUUUUUAUGCAAGUUGAAUUUUCAACGCAAUUCUAGAAAACCUUUUUCUGCACUACACCAUUUUGCUAGAUUAAGAUUGAAGUAGAUGUUUUGUAGAAACAAAUUCAUGUACAUGUAGUAUGAAUGUAUUGCCCAUUCCAUGUAGUAAGAUGGUUGUGAACCAUAUCAUAUUUAGCAUCGGUAGUGCAGUAUGUUAAAACUGACAAGAAACUUGUCAGUUUGUAAGCAUAUGGUGUAAAUGACGUUUAAAUGGUGUUGCGUUUCUAUGCUAGGAAAUGAAUGACUGUAUGGGAAUUAUGUGAGUGCAAUUUUAAGAAAUCACUUCACAGGUAAGAGUGUUAUACAGGCCAGAAUGUGCAAGUCUGUAUGUGAUACAUAAAUAGGGUGAGCACAUAUAUAGGUUAGAACCCAGGUGUUUGUAUGUGAUAUUAGAUGUAUAGUGUUGUCACCAGUCACUUGGUGAUAUUGCAAUAGUGCUGAAUUCCAGAGUUGCCAAACUUUCACAUGAAUGUCUGUAUAGAAUCGUUAACCAUGAUCAUGUUUUGUAUAAAAGGUAUGGGAUUGUAAAAAAAAAAAAAACAUAUGGAGAGUGAUAUUUCUAACUCCCUAAGUACUUGAUUAUCUAAAGACUUGUCGAAGUCAGUAGAUUGUAAAUAGCCACGUUACUUAUCACACUUUGUACCAUCAGUAAAAUGAACUGGAAUGUGUCAACGUGAAAUGUGUCUGGCAUGAAAUAAAUCAUUGCCUUUUAUUUAA